AUGGCGGAGCUUCCCAGACGGAGGCGGAAGGCAGUUGAUGGCCUAGAUAAGAUCCCAUCCACUGAGCAGGAGUGGCUUGAAAUGGUCACAACCUAUAGCUUGGUCAAUGCCAAACUCCAGGACUUGUGCUCCUAUGGUAGGCCCUUCAAGUACUUCAACAGAAUAGAACGAGGACUUAAGUGGAGGACGACUGUGCGCAAAAUGUUCAGCCUGGGCAACGUGUUCUUCACUGAAGUACGACCCUGUCCUGGCGUGGCCACCCAACCCACCACCUAUACACUGCGACCACCAGCCGCAGCAUAG